UAGCCAUGUUUUCUAUACACCAUUUUUCGCAUGCAUCAUAUAUUCUUUACCUAUACAGCGGGAGGAAAAGAAGCUACCGAGCGGCAACACCGAGCAGCCGGGUUAGGUGAAGAUCCGUCCUACUGAGACAGUGAAGUUGUCCUCGUCGAAAGAAACGAUCCCCGUCCGUCCGGCGCCGGCGGGGAGAGAGGCAGGGAUAAGCUGCGACCGGCCGGCUCCUUCUCCAUCCGAUCCAUGCCGCUGCCGUUCGACGCCGUCGGCCAGGCCGUCGGCGCGGCGGCGUGGCUGGUGGGCACCGUGGCCGAGCGGCUCGUGGGCGACGGCGUCGCGGCGUGGGCCGCCCGCCACGGCCUCGACGACGCGGAGGUACCCCGCCUCACGGCUGCGCUGCGGCGCGCCAACCUCGUCCUCGGCGCCGCGCGCGCGGGCGGUAAGAAAAUCGGGAACGAGGAGCUGGCGGGGCCGAUCGCCGCCGUGCGCCGCCUGGCCGCUGACGCGCGCAACCUCCUCGACGAGCUCGACUACCUCGAGAUCCACCACAAGAUCAGCGAUAAGGAGCACGACCCAUGUUCAUCGAAGGCACAAUCUUUUAUUCGUUUUGCAUAUGGAUUUGCCAGUCAGACGAGUAAAUACAUAUCAUCCACAGUAAAAAUCAAUCCAAAAGUUUCUGCCAUGCAUGAAGAGGAUGGUCCUUUGACAACCAAAAGAAAAGUUGAGCGGCAUGAUAUUAUGACUGGAAUGAAAAGAAUGAAGCUUGCCGAUUCAGAUAACCAAAUGAUUCCUGAGAGCAAGCUUGAAGGGGACACAGUUCCAGAUGGAACAACAGAGAGGAAACUUACUAAAGAUGACAUAUCACGGAGAAUAACAAAUAUUGUCGACCAGUUACAUGGCAUCUGUGAGGAUGUUCGUAAGGCUCUCAAGCAAGAGAAACUUGAUGAAAUUAUUCGAGUGACUCAAAACACAAUCUCAAACUCACGGGAGGAAGGGGCCUGCUUUGUUGAAACUAAAGUCUUUGCUAGGGAACAUGAGAAGAACCAUAUUGAAAACUGUAUCAUUAAUAGCGAAGCAAGUAACCAAAAACUUAUGGUGCUUCCUGUUAUUGGUACUGGAGGUGUUGGAAAGACAACACUUGCCCGAACAAUAUACAAUGACCCAGAUGUACAAGCUAAAUUUGGUAUCAGGAUUUGGAUUCAUGUAUCUGUCAACUUUGAUGUGGUCAAGCUUACAGAACAGAUUCUAGAGUGCAUUUCUGAUGGCAGGCAUAAAAACUUGAGUAAGAAUUUCAGUAUGCUCCAAGAUGGUAUCAAGCAAUGUUUGAACAAAAGAUUUCUACUUGUUUUGGAUGAUAUGUGGGAAGAUGACGAGAGACGAUGGAACAAGCUAUUGGCUCCACUUAGAUGUACCGAAAUCUCAGGCAAUGUGGUUUUGGUGACUACUCGAGAAUUAUCUGUUGUCAAAAUGACGAGCACAGUGGAGCAGCACAUUAACUUGGGUGGCCUAAAAGAAGAUGUGUUUUGGCUUUUCUUCAAAAGAUGCAUAUUUGGUGAAGAAAACUAUCAAGGCCAAAGAAAGUUACAGAAAAUUGGAAAGGAAAUAAUCACUAGGUUAAAAGGAAACCCAUUAGCAGCAAGAAGUGUUGGCACACUUUUGAAAAGAAGACUUGAAGAGAAAUACUGGCAGAGAAUUUCAGAUGAUGAUGAAUGGAAACUGCAAGGAGGCAAUGAUGACAUCUUGCCAGCACUCAUGCUAAGUUACAAUCACCUUCCCUACCACCUCCAGAGAUUGUUCUCUUACUGUGCUGUAUUUCCAAAGGGCUACAAGUUUCACAAGGAACAGUUGGUAUGUAUUUGGAUUGCUCUCGGCUUUGUCGUGGAUGAAAGGAAGAGAUUAGAAGAUACUGGAAGUGACUAUUUUGAUGACUUGGUAGACAGGAGCUUCUUUGAAAAAAUUGAGGAGCCACAGGAACCUGCCUACUAUCUCAUGCAUGAUUUAAUUCAUGAUGUAGCACAGAGUGUCUCGGUAGAUGAAUGCCUCACUGUAGAUGGCUCAGCUCCUCUAAUAGUCUCCCCGUCUCUUAGUCAUGUCAGCAUCUGGACCGACUCAGCUUACAAGAAGCAACAAAACGGCGACAUAGAACGUAAUGAAACCUUUGAAAAAAGGAUAACUGCCAUUCAAAAAGAUGAUAUCUUAAGAAGCUUGGACAGUGUAAUGCUAGUUGGUGCAUACAAUGAGACUCUUUCUGUAAUGUUUGCGAAGAUUCUCAGGCAACUGCAGUAUGUCCGAGUACUCCGGUUAUCAGCAAUGUCCUUUGGUGCUGACAAUUUGCUAUCCAGUAUUCCAAAGCUCAUCCAUCUUCGCUAUCUAGAACUGUGGUCCACCAGCGACGCUCCCAAACCUUUGCCUGAGGCUCUAUGUGGACUUUACCACCUGCAGGUCCUGGAUGUAAGUCAUUGGAGUGGUCUCAAUGGUUUGCCAAGACGCAUUAGUAAUCUUGUAAAUCUGCGAUAUCUCAUUGUUCCAGAGGAGUCAUCGGAGCCAUUGCACUUGCACUCAAAGAUCGCAAGAGUUGGCGAACUUAACUUUCUACAAGAACUGAAAGAAUACAGUGUCCAAAUAGAGAGUGGCUUUGAGAUUUCACAGCUGGAGAACCUGAAUGAGAUCAGAGGAUCUCUUAGAAUCUUCAAUCUUGAGAAUGUCAGAAAAAAGGAUGAGGCUUGUUGUGCAAGGAUUAAAGACAAAAAGCAUCUGAGGACUCUGUCACUGUCAUGGGGAAGAACAAGCGCUAAUCCUUCUUUUCCGAAGGAAGUGCUGGAGGGUCUUCAACCACAUGAUCGACUCGCGCAUCUUCAUAUCAUAAAUUACAUAGAUGCCACUCCAUCCUGGUUGGGUCAAAACUUCUCCCUCAACAAUUUAGAAAGUCUAUAUCUUCAUGAUUGUACAGGAAUGGAGAUCCUACCACCCUUCAAUGAAUUGCCAUUUUUGGAGAAGCUAUCCUUGGUUGGUAUGUCUGCAUUGAAGGAGGUCAAGUUUGAUUUUGGUUGUGGUACUGCAAGCAGAGGUUCUCCUUCCUCUGAGGAGGAUAUCACGGAUUUGAAUGGGUUUGCCCUUACUGAACUCGAACUAUUCAGGUGUUCAUCUUUAACAUCAGUGAGGCUUCUUUCCUGCAUGGCAUUGACAAAGUUGAGCAUCAUGGAUUGUGUGGUGCUAGCCUCUAUAGAUGGCUUGCAGUCCCUUGACCAACUGAAGUACUGUGACAUUAAAGAAUGCCCGUGUUUUCCAUCUGCUCCAAAUUUUGAAACACGGUUCCAGGGAAUAAUAAGCAUCUAACAUCUGAGACCAUUUGACAAGCUCCUGUAAGUAUUGCUUUCCUGCAAACUACCUCUCGCAAUUCAAGAAAUGUCACAAACUACCUCAGUCUUGUAUUCUUAUUGGCCCAUGUUUCCUUGAUAAUGUGAACCUUUUCUGCUGGAAGAACUUCUCUCUCUUUGCCUAAUAUUUAUCCAUUGUAUGGACGGAAAUGACCUUUAUGUUGUGCUACAACAAGGAGAUGAUCCCAGAAUAGGUCAAUGGUUUAAAUGCAGUGAAGUUUUCUCUGUAAUCUUUUUGUCAAAGAGUUACAAUUGGUUAAUGCAGUUAUCCUCAAGGCUCCUAGAAUUAGCAGCCAAGAAAUCAUGAUUGA